AUGACUAUCGAUCCAAGGAUCAAAGCAUCCCCAUUCCCAGAUAUCGAUAUCCCUGACAUCGAUCUCUGGAGCUUUCUCUUUGAGCCAUGCGAUCGGCCGUAUCCCACUGGAAAAGUCUUAUUUACAAAUGUUCAUACCGGCUACGGCCUCACUUAUAGUCCGAUCCGUCGUCGCGCGCUCGCUUUCGGGCGCCGUCUGCAACGCGAAUGGGCCUGGACCCCAGGUGAUGUAGUGGCGGUUUUAUCACCCAACUUGAUUGAUCUGCCUGCUGUCAUCUGGGGGACUUCCUCGGUCGGGAGUGUUGUCUAUCCGCUGCAUCCCGAGUAUUGCGUCGAUGAGCUGAUACAUCCACUGGAAGAUGUUAGGACACGAGUCCUAGUCGCCCAAAGCGACCAGGCGGAGGUCGCCCAUGAAGCAGCACACAGGGCGGAAAUCUCUCCCAAUGAUGUUCCGAUCCUGGAUGAGCUGGCCACAGAGCUUUCCCAGCGAGAUUCAGGCACCACUCUUGAUGCCCCUCAUGCGGCGCCCAUUGCGCAUCCGGCGAAGGACCUCAUGUUUGUGGUGUUCUCCUCCGGCACGACAGGUCUACCUAAGAAGAUUGCCUACACAUGUGUUGUCCCCCCUACUAUCUUGGGACUCGUUUCCGACCCCCGUGCGGCUCAGUUUGACCUUUCGUCGCUGCGCAUGAUGUUGUCCGGUGCGGCGCCGCUGGCGCCAGAGCUGAUCCGCACUUUGGGUGAGAAGUUGAAUCUGCGCGUUCGCCAGGGGUAUGGCUUGAGUGAGUGUUCUCCGUGUACGCACAUCCAGACGUGGUCCGAAGCGACUACCUGCGCCCCCUCUGUUGGCUCUCUUGUCCCCAACAUGACCGUCAAGUAUUUGCCCAUCGACGAUUGUCCCAGUCACAACACGGAGAUCUGGGUGAAAGGACACAACGUAACUAUGGGUUAUCUGAAUAACCCCAGCGCAAACGCCGAGUUCCGAACCGAGGAUGGAUACUAUAACACCGGCGAUGUGGGAUACGAAGACGCGGACGGAUGCCUACACAUCACGGGCCGCGUCAAGGGGCUCAUCAAGUUCAAUGGGUUUCAGGUGGCACCGGCGGAGCUAGAAGCGAUUUCGCUGAGACAUCCUGUUUCCGGGGUGGUUGGGACGGAGCUACCGCGGGCGUAUGUGGUGGUGACUGCGGGAUGCGAUGCUGAUUUGUCAACGGCAGACGAGAUCGUCCGAUUUGUACAGGAUCAAGUGGUGGGCUAUAAACGAUUGCGAGGGGGUGUAUGCUUCGUGGAUGCUAUUCCUCGGAAUGCUAGUGGGAAGAUCCUGCGUCGAGAGGUGCAGAAGCUGAAUUGA